UUUCGAACACCAACUUGCCUUGUUUCAUGAGGAGUCACUCUCCAUACAACCACAUGCAUUAAAAUCUCCGCAUUUACGUUACGUCAUCCGUUGGUUGAUGGGGGCAAUCACUCUCUCUAGCCUCUGAAAUGAAUAAGAAAAUCUACAUGACUAAAGAAAGGUUGUUACUGAGCAAAAAAAAAAAAUCAAAAAAGAUUGUUGAGAUAAUAGAGAAAGACUUGGGAAGCUGUCUGGGUUGACCGUUUACUUGAUCACCAAGGGGGAGAAAAAGACAAAACCAAGCCAAAACUGCUGAUUUCUUCGUGGGAGGGAAGCCGGUAUAGUGAGAGUGUGAGAGAUGAGCAAUACAGGCGCUUCAACCCAUGAGAUCAGUGAAGAAAACGAGGAGGAUAGUACCCAAGAGACCAAUGGAGAACACGAAAUGGGUAGCCCCCAAUACCUCUCUGAAGAGCACAAUGACGUAAUGAAAUUGAAAGCGACAGAGGAUCAUGCAAAGAAGAUAUUUCACCUGUUAGAAAAUAGCAGUGUGUCGAAAAUCAUUCUCACUGGGGAGGCUGGAACAGGGAAAACAUGGAUGGCAAGAAUAAUAUGUAAGUUAGCUGUGAAGAACAAUCAUGAUGAGCCUCUUUGGAUAUCUCUGGAACAAAAGCAUGAUGAGAACUCUCUUUAUGACACCAUUGCUCGUCAGUUUUCUCUGCCUACUAGUACAGAUGCAAGGGAAGAUACUGGCGAAAAUGAGAAAAAGGAGGGUAGUGUGAAGAACUUGAAGGAGGAAAAGGAAGAAAAGCUUAAAGCAGCACAGCAGAAAAUGGAAGAAAAGCUUACAGCAGCACAAGGGUUUAUUCUAAUUGUUUUAGAUGGUCAAGUAGGGACAAUGACCGAGAAUGGUCAAAAAGAAGAGAUGGUCAGUAAAAUAUUAGGCUUGGAAGUCUGUGGCAAGAAUCAUAAGGGCAAAUUCAAGAUUCUAAUUACAAGAAGGGAUAAUGAUGGUGGUUGGUCUGAGGGAACGAAGAAGGUUGCUGUUGAACCCCUUUCAGGGGAUGAGGCAUUGAAAUUGUUAAACAAAGAAAAUGUUGUUGAUGAAGUUUUGCAAUCACCAGGCUUUAAAGAGUUAUCCGAGGCAAUUCAAAAAAAGAGCAAGGUUUUGCCUGCUAACAUCCUCAUGUUAGCAGGAACCUUAAAUUACAUUGCAAAAGAUAACGCUGGGAAUUUGAACCUUGCUUUGGAGGCGGCUGCUAAUGAUCUGAGACAACUUCUGCGUUAUACAUAUGAUAAGGAGCCAGCCAAUUGUAUGAUUGAUUGCUUUUGGCAUAGUUGGCAUUUCUUAGGAAAACAUGGUGGUGUUCACUACAAUGAGUUGAUCACUAACUGGAUAAUGGAACGUGAUCUCAAUCCCACCGAUCCGAUUGAGAAGGCUUAUGAGGAGGGACACCGUGUCUUGAUGAAGCUUAUAGAUUGUCACUUGCUCAAAAUGCAAGAGGACAAUGUUGUUGUUCUGGAGGGUGCAACUCUUGAUAUGAAUGAGUAUUGCCGCCGUGGAUAUACUGAGCCUGCUGACCCAGGUUUGGCUAGCGUGCUAAAGGAUUAUGACUGGAAAGUUCUUGAAGGAAUCACACCAGCUGAUGGCAUGAUGAAAACACUGUGUAGUGAUAAGAAAGAGGAAAUGAUAUCCUCAUUACUGAUUGAUGGAAGUCGUCUAAGCAGGGAAGUUCAUGAAACUUUCUUUGGGGCUAAGCCAAACCUCAAUCUGCUUGCUAUUUUUUAUCCCAGGCUCAGAUCUUCUGAGGAACUCUCCAUAUCUAAAAUGGAGAAGCUGCUUGGGCUCUUGCUUAGAGGCUCUUACCUGUUGGAGGACAUAAAACAUAUAUCAAAACUCCAAGCCUUAACUGUUCUUGAGAUAUCUGGUUCAACCUAUUUGAAGGAAAUCCCAGAUGAAUUCUUUAAUCAAGUGUCCAGACUUCGAAGCCUUAACUUAUCUGCCCUCGGAAUUGAAUCAUUACCUUCUAGCUUCCCUGAAUUGACUGAACUGCGCAGGCUCAUCCUUAGACAGUGUUCUUCUUUAAGAGAACUCCCAAAACUGGUAAAUUUCAGCAAACUUGAGGUAAUUGAUCUUUCUGAAUCCAUAAAUUUGGAAAAGAUCCAAGAAAAGAGCUUCAAGUCAUUUGAACAACUUCAAGUGAUUAAUUUUUCCUGCACCAAAAUUGAGAAAUUACCUAUUGUUAAGUCUCUUCAAAAUCUAAAAAUAAUCUUGUUAAGAGGAUGUCAUCAGUUGGUUGGAAUGCGCAGUCUCAAACAGGUCUCUAGGCUCAAGAUUCUUGAUCUUUCAGGUGCUGUUAAGAUAAGGGAAAUUAUGUAUGAUAGCUUUGAAGGGGCCGAUGACCUUAGAGAACUUGAUCUAUCAGAAACAAAAAUACAGUUUUUGCCUUCUGACAUCUGCAACCUUCAGAAACUGAGGUUGAAGGGUUGUUCAUCAUUAAUAGAUCUGCCAGAAUUGAAAGGACAUAGGAACCUUGAGGAACUUGACCUCUCAGGUUGUAAGAGCUUGGUUAAGUUGCCCGAUUUGACUGCUCUUCAAAAUUUGAAGAUUCUUGUUCUAAACGAUUGCAGCAAGUUGGAAAGCCUUCCAGAUUUAAAAUCCUUAUCAAAACUUGAGAAGCUUGACAUACGUGGUACUAACCUUUGGAGCAAAGACGUGGAGGAAUCCUUGACUCAUAUGACUCGGCUUCAAAUUCUGAAGUGAUAAGUAUCACCUUUGAGGAGUUUUCAUCCAUUUCAAAGCUUCACCAACCACUGUAAGAUUUCACUAAAUGAUUGUUUCAACACCCAACCAAUUUAGGAGCAAUUACAAAAUUUCAUGUUCCGGAUCCUUCUUGAGGAGCUAUUGACUAUUAAGUCAUUGCCCUUCCUUGACUGCUGUAGUAUCUACAUGAGCUUUUGCUGAGAGGUUGUUCAAUCUUACCUAGAGGUCCUUGAUAUUUUGGGAAUCAGAAGUUCAAAUUCCCACGUGAAAUUCAUUCUUGGCUCAUUUAAAACACCUUCGUCUGUUGGACAAGUUCAAUGAAGAAGUUUGGAGCUGAUCUGGUUUCGGAAUAAGCAUUUCAUUUGGACAUCCGCAUCUUGUUGAGUAGGCCAGCUUCCCUGCAAAAGGUUUUUACAUUUUAUCUUUUUUGCAAUUGUAUUCUUGCUUGUAUUUGUGCCAUCCAUUUUGUACUGUUAGUGAAAAACAAAACUGGUGUUGGAGGAUUUCUUCAUAGAGUUAUUUAGUUUCUGUUCUAUGUUAUAUUAUACUUGUUCUUAGUAGCUAAUUACUCUAAUCAUGUACUUACUCUUACUUAUUCUGUUCUGUUAUCAAUCUAGAGGGCUGUCUGGGAGAGUUGUCAUGUUUUAUCUCUUGUGGGAAUAACUGGCUUUGGAAUAUUCUUAGGUUCAGGAAAGGUCAUCAUAUUAUAAAUUAAAAAAAAAAAAAGAGAAAAGGAGAGAGUGAAAAACAGUGAGGGACAAGACGAAAGAAAUAAGAGAAGACUAAUAGGCGAGUUCAGGGUGUUUGACGUGGGCGGGGUACACAUCUUCCCCCGCUUCAACCCUGGGGUUUAUGACGCAGAAUCACGCCAUGGAGCAAGAGGGCAGAAUGUGUGUUCCUGGGUGAUUUUUCGAAGUAUGUUUUGCGGGCCAGGGCCCUCAAAGGAUAUGUCGGGAAGGAAGAUUAUGGUGCAAAGGAAAGGGGGCCCGUCCAAAGUUCAGGGCACAAAAUUGUGCGGAGUCGACGUGCUGCUGCGAGCUACAAAAUAUUGUCUAAAGCCAGGUGAUUUAACAUGUGUUUGGAACGUGCAGCUGGCUCUUGGUCUGUGAUCUGCGGAAGGAUGCAAGCUGCUUGGUGCUGGCAAUGAAAGCCAACGUGUUGUUGGUGCCUAUAUCCCAAAGUCGAUUUGUGUUUCUGAUAGUAUAGUAUCCCCAGGUGUGUUGGCUUGUCAAAAUGUAAACUUUAUGGGCAGGGGUAGCUGACCGUAUUAUAUGGUGAUGCCAAGCUGUAUCGUACGGGGCUGGUUUGUUGACUGAGUUUUGACUGGUAGCACUGUGCUACUUUGAUGUUUAUGCUAAGAUCAAGGGUUUUAAGCUGAAAGGUGUUACACUCAGGAGUAUAAAAACUAAUUAUUAUGUAAUUUGAUUCAUGCAA